AUGAUUCAGCUGAAACCUUCCAUUGUGGAGUUCAUGAGGUGUGAUAUGGGUAAUGGUGAAUCCGCCUCUUUCUGGUAUGAUGCCUGGACGGAUUUUGGACAGCUUUUAACUUUUCUUGGAGCGGCUGGUCCUCGACAACUUCGUAUAAGGCAAGAUGCUCGCGUAGUUGAAGCUUCAAGAAAUGGGGAUUGGUUCUUGCCAGCUGCAAGAUCUGAUAAUUCGCAGCUUUUCUUGGCUGCUCUUACGAUGGCCCCUGUGCCUCAUGAAAGUAGGGGACAAGACUCUUUCCUAUGGCGUAACGCUGCAGGUUCGUAUCUACCUUCUUUCUCUUCUCGUGACACUUGGGAACAGAUUCGGGUUCACUCACCCACUGUUCCAUGGGCAAAAGUUGUUUGGUUUAAAGAGUACAUCCCUCGGUUCUCUCUUAUCACUUGGAUGAGUUUUCUUGAAAGGCUGCCCACGAGAGAUCGACUGAGAGGUUGGGGCAUGAAUAUUCCCUCCUCUUGGGUUCUUUGCUCAAAUGGGGAUGAAACUCAUGCACAUCUCUUCUUUGAGUGCUCCUUCUCUUUGGCAAUUUGGGAGUUCUUUGCUUCGAAGUUUCGGCCAUCUCCUCCUUUUGGGCUGCCUGCUGCUUCGUCCUGGAUUCUACAAUUGCCUCUCCGAUCUCAUUCCACCACCAUCCUCAAGCUUCUCCUCCAAUCGGCAGUCUACCAUGUUUGGAAAGAACGCAACGCUCGGAUCUUCACCUCCAUCUCAUCCUCGGCCUCCUCUCUCCGUUUGGCAAUUGAUCGGACUAUGCGGAAUCGUCUUUUGUCUUUUCCCUCGGCUGACUUGCGCUCCCCUUCUCUUCUUCAGUUUUACUUCUCUAGAUUUUCUUAUCCAGUGUAA